UGAAGUCACGAUGAGCAGAACUUCAGUACCCAGAGUCCUCCAGAGGAGGAAAAAAAUCUAGACACAAGAAUCUACGGAGGCCCGGAUGCCCCCGUCGACAAGGCACGUCUACAGCCCUCUCUGACUAGAUUCCUCCGAGUUGGUUUGCAGAGGGCGAGAAACGGCGCAGAACGGCGCUCAUUCCAAUUUCUCGCGCUCGCUGCACUCCCGGGGCGCUCCUGUGGCAAACUGCGGUACUCUGUUACUACAAUUUCAGUUUUUUAUCCGACGUGGUGACAACAACACGCGAGUUUUCCCUUGUUCUCCCUGCAAAUAUUUUUUUGUGCGUUUUUUUCUGUUUUCUUUUUCUUUUUUUUUAAAAACCAGAUGCCGAACAGCCUGUUUGGCGUCGCAAGACAGAAGAGGACCGAGAUGACCAAAAGCUCCGACAUUCAUGCAUAGUUACUGUUUUAUUUUUUUCACACAGACACCUCUGCUUUUAGGAUGUUACAUGUCACCGACCGUUCCGUGAUCCGAUCUCGAGAAGCCUGAUGAGCGCGUGAGGAGCGCAGCACCAACAGCUGCAGCAGCGGAGCUCGGCGCCUCCCGGUAACAAACUGCCUGGCUAAAGAUUGCCAUGGAAACAUGCAGUUUGAGAGUGAGAUGAGAAAUGAUUGAGAGAAUCAAUGUCUAAGGGAUAACACAAAGCAUGGCCACAGCAGCAGACAUGACUGUGUGAAGCCUGAUGGUCCAAUUCAUUCUGACUAAGAAUAACAGUGAGAGGAAAGAGAUGAAAAAACCUACCAGCUAAACUGGAUCCAGCUCACAAUUAAACUUGACACGGAAACAUCACUAACACAUAUAUAUAAAUACGAAAGCUCCUGAUCUGCAAUUUUGGGGGUAAUGAGCCGUCUGUCAGGUCGCCUGCGCUCUGGAGGUGUUCGUUUGACUUGUGAGGCACUGGCUGACAAGGACUGCAGUGAUGAUGAGGGCCCCUCUUUAUGGGAGGGGGAUGAAGAGCCUGGGGGCACAUCUGUAGGACCCACUGACUCUAAUCCAACCAGCUCACUACAUUACAGCUUUUAUUCACCUCCUUCUUUAGCUAAUGGUCUGCGGAACCAUGAAGAGCAACUUCGACGUAGAGCAAGGCGACGUAGGCAGACAGAAUAUGUGGAGCAAUUACACACUCAAGAACAAUUGCUCAUUCAGCAAAACACACAACCACAGAUGCACACAACACAACACUCACACUCAAUUACACAGUCGAGCACACACAUGCAGCCUCAUACCCACAUUGCGAUGGAUACACAUAUGUGGAUGGACACAAACACACUAACACACAAGCGCACACAGAAAGGCAUGUGCACGCCUACAGACACUGGCUCCUCUCUUUUAGAGCAGGACCCUUCCCUGAUUCCAGAGGACUUGUCUUUACCUUCCAAGACUGACACGCAUAAUGUACAUGUUCAGUCAGCCCCUUUGUUACACACCACCCUUUCCCCAAACAAUUUGACACCUACUCAAUAUAACCCUUCCCCUUUACUCAAGGAGGAGACAGAACACAAUUCAACAUGUAAGCCAGAAAUGGAUCACACCAGUGACGUAGACCACAUUCAUAUAACAGGCCAAGCUAGUGUCAUGACCUCUGUGGAGGCUGAAAGGAAGUAUACCCUGCGGAGCUCUGGCCGACCACGUUUCCCCUGCCAUCUUCGGAAAUCAUCCCGUUUACGUAGAGCUGCUGAGGAAAACAUGUUCAAAAGGGAAAUGGACCAAAAAGAUGAAGAAGAGGAGGAGAAGAGAGUCUGGAGAACAGAGGACAUAAGGCCGAUAGAGGAGCUUCCCCCAGAAGUCUGUAAUGCUGCCUCAUCAUUUGAGGUUUUACCAUUGCCAGCUAUGUCUGCAGGUGUUACACCAAAUCAUAGCAUGAGAAUAUCAGAAGGAGAGAGCAUUGUUACUCACCACUCAGUUAGAGGGAGGCGACAGGGACGUUAUUUAGGUGUGAGGAAGAUUGUAGUAAAAGUAGCCAGAAUACCUGUUCACAUGAGCCGACGACAGAAAAGUUACAAGAUCUCAUCCCUGGAGCCAGUGUGUGCUGGACCUCGAGGAGAAGGGGUCACUACAGGAGAGAGGCCUGAAGCGGGUGUAGGAGGUGAGCCAGGACCUAAUGUUUCAAGAGAGCCCACUGCACUACUCCGCAUGAAGAACAAUGGAAAGAGUGUGAUGGUGAUGUUUCCACCAGGAGAGCUUCCUGUAAUCCUGAAGCGACGCAGAGGACGCCCCCCUAAACAGGCAUUACCAGGACAACCUGACAUGCAUGAGACCAGAGCAGGAGCAGCCAGUGCUGCAGAGCCAAAAAAAAUUCGGAGGCGGCGAACAGUAAAGCUACCGUCUCCGCAGCCCUCAUAUGUUAAUGAUACCAAUGAUGUUAAAGUAGAAUAUGCAGAUGUCCUCUCCAAAUUGGCCUUCUUAAACAGACAACCUCCCAGCACAGGGCGCUGCUCUCCUCCACGCUGUUGGACCCCAACAGAGCCUGAAACUUUUCACAUACCACCAGAAAAUCCAUCCCUUUCCACUCUUUUGCACCGCCUCACAGGAUUCCGAAGAAGAGGUGGUCGUGCAGGUUGUAUGGGUAGUAGAGGAGGGGGAGCAGCUGGAUCCUCUGAUUCCUUUAAGAGGUCAUUUAGUGACUUCUUUGAAACAAUUGGCAAGAAGCGGAAGGUGCCUGCAUCUGAACCUGGAACUCCUCGAAAAAGAGGCAAGGGUGUUGCUGGGGGAGUAAGCAGGGCAGCUUUAGGUGACUCUACACAAGGUGAGAAGGUUAGAAAACGACGAUCACGAAAGAAUGGGGCUAUAAAAAAUGGUCCACAAGAGCAAGACUGGCAAAAUGAAAAUAGUAGCUGGAUUGGAAAAGGUGACAGAGAUAUUACUGAGAAAGCAAGCAGUUAUCAGAGCCCUUGUUCCCCUCGUGGAAGUUUUCAAAGCAGUGAGGCUAGUAAAGGGGGGAUGUACCACAGCCCCGGUAUGAGAGGGGUAGGCAGUGGAGAAGAGUCUCAGGGAAUGUUUGCAGGAUAUUUUCGCUCUCUUCUUGAUUCUGAUGACUCAUCUGAUCUGCUUGACAUCUCUAUGUCUAGCCCUGCUGGACGCCAGGAAGGUCGUAAGCUCACCCCAGGAUAUGAGGGUGGGAGUCCUGGUGCAGCCCAUCGCUGGUCUCCUGCCUUUCCUAAAAGAAGUCCUAAAGGAGCAGCCUGUCUUGGAGAAGCGGCAGCAUUACCCUCACCCCAAACACAAGGCAGUUCGACAACUAAACCCUCAUAUUCAUACAGUGUCUCACAGACCUCUCCUACCCCAUCCUUCCCUAAAUCCCCUGCACUCUUGCUGUCCCGUUCACCCAGCUCACCACAUCCAUCAGGUGGUUAUCCUCAAUAUCCACCUAGUUAUAGUGCUGGGGUUCCUCAAGGAGGAAGCAUUUACCCCCUCCCUCAACAGCAGCAACAACAGCAAAGGCCAAGUGACUGUAGCUUUACAUAUGGCACAAAAACUCCCUCUGUUCCCUCUGCGCAGUGUCAAAUUAGUUUUUCAAACUACCAGGGUUCUGCGAAGCGCAAUUAUAGUGGAUAUCCAGGCCCACCUCAUUCAACCAUACAGCGAGGGGACUCUGGUGCAACCUCACCAGGUGGAAAUUAUAUGUCAGUGUCAAAGUCUAGCCCCUAUUCCUUAUCCUCUUCUCCGCCUGAGGGUUGCCGACAAUACACCUCUACAGCUCAGUGGGGAUACAGACAAGGGGGAAAUAACUGGGGUGGUGAUGCAUAUGGUACUCAUCAGUUUCAUGGUUUCUCUGACUAUGGGGUAUCCGGAACUGGAUCAGAAUCCAAAGACAUUCUGGACAUCUCAAACUACACACCCCAAAAAGCCAAACAGCGUCCUUGCCUUGACACACUCUCUGAAUCCUCCUCAGAUUCUUCUCACACUGGUGGAGCAGGGAUGGGUGUUGUGGGGGGAGCAUUUCGCCCAAGGGAUGUUCCUAUGCCUGAGGGUCAGUCUAGCCUUUCAAGCCUGGAGAAGCUAAUGCUUGACUGGAAUGAGAAUUCAGCAGGCCCCUCUUACAACUGGAGUCAGAAUGUACUAUUCCAAGGUGGGGCGAAACCAGGUCGUGGGCGAAGGAAAAAGUCUGAGAUACACAAUGAGAAGGAAGCAUGCUCUGUUCCGCCAGGAUCACCAGCCAGUCCUCCUAUGCAAGGGGGAGGGCCAAAACGUAGUGCUACAGGUGGUAGACAACCGAGAGGAGCCAGAGGCAGGGGAGGUUUCUCUCCUUGCCAAAGAGAUCGCCCGCCACCACCAAAAAACAAAUCUCAAAAGCCUUCAGCCCCAUCAGGGUCAGGGCAGAUGGGAUCAGGAGGUGUAUACCAAGAAGCAUUGGACUACUACAGUGGAGAUAGUAGUAGCCUGUCACCUCUCAGCCAUGCCCCUGAGUCCUGUGAAUACCCCUCUCCAUAUUCUGUCCAUACUUCUACUCCCUCCUCAGAUGAGAGAUUUGCUCAUGUCUACCCUCCAGACUCUGCCUCUAUAUCCCCCAGUUUAUCAAAUCAGUCAGAUGCCCUAAAGCAGUAUUCUAAACCUGGCCCUCCCUCACAGACUUAUGGGCAUGCUGCCAGGACUUUUAGCCCAACCCUCUCGCCAACCCCUCGCCUCUUGCCACAGUGUGGUUCUGCCAUGAGUCCGCAUCGGGUCCCAAAAGACCAGUUCUCUCAGUAUGAUUCCCCCAGUUACAGUGGCUCCCCAUGCUGGUAUGGUCAAGGAGGAAGUGUUGCUGGCAGCCCCCAAAACUAUGAGGAACAGCGACAACCAGCUGUCUCUUUGCCCUCCCACAAACGAGACAUGUCUUUGAUGGUCUCUGGGAUGAGAGUUACAUCCCAUUCAUCCUACCCUUCCCCUUUACAAAGAGGUCCUUCCAUGUCAACUUCUUGUGUGAGUGGGACUCUGGACUCUUCCCCUCAGCAUGAAGAGAUGGGUUACCAUGGUAACUUGGACAGCUAUGCACCCAUUGGACAUCGUUAUGCACCCCAAACAGCCCGGGGAGGGGUACUCUGCCAGCUUCUUGACCAGCCCAGCGAAGAAGGCUUUACCGUCACCAGCCUGUAGUUGGAAUUAUCUUGGAAUCCUUAAAGAGAUGAAAUGGACAGUACCCUUUUCAUAUUUUUAAUCUUUUUUAAAGGAUAAGCUUUGGAAGACAUUUAGACUGAAGAGUUUCAGAGCUAUGGACUAAAUAAAGACUUCUCCAGCAGUGACAAUCAAGAUCCAAAUCCAUACACAUGGACACAUGCAGAAACACAUGCACGAACACAAACAUACUAUGUGAUCACAAAACAUAUACAUACUUGCAUAUACUUUUCAUAUGCUGACUUGCAACUGCAAAUGCACGCACAAAAAGACAGUCUUGCAAACUAAUAUUGCUAUACAGCUUGGGCUAGGGACUUACUAAACAAACAAUGGACACUGCUAGUAUCACGAAGAAACCAAUUUGAUGAAAUGCAGGGAACAACCUUGUCCCUUUCUUUUAGAGUGCAAAUGUGAUUCACACAUACCCACAUUUCAAUGACUCCCAAAACUAAACCAAUGGGAAAGACCACACAAAAGGUUUUUGUCUACAUUCUGAUCUUGCUCCUUCUUUCUCUGUCUGUUUUAGUCUCAAAGCCUCCUCUGAUUUUGUCACUGGGGAGAUUACUUAAUCCUAAAGGUCGGUCCACUCCUUCAGCAUCUAUAAAUGGUGACUGCAUAAACUGCCCUCUUCUCACUUUUAAGUUCAGCAUUUUAAAAAAACUGCAUUUGUACAUAAGCUACUCAAAUUGUUCCAUCACUUGAGGAGCUCACUGCUAUGAAAACAAAACUCAGAGUCCUGCUGAAAGAGACAUAUGUUAAAGCAGCAAUGUCAUGACAGUGUUUUGGAACUGCUGUAAGGACACAUGAGGGAAAUACCAGUUUUAUGUGGCUUUAAAUUGUUCAGCUUGGGUUUGUGCAAGUACAGUUUAAGUAAUCUUUUUUAUCAGUGGCCUGGUCUGGUCCCACAGGAAUGUGUCUAAAUUUGAUCCCUUCAACCGUCGCUCUGGAUCUACAGCAUGGUCACUUUGUGCCCAACAUCCGACUCUCAUUUGUGUGUUUUUAUCACCACAGGAGGACAGACACCCAUGCACUGCCCCCGAACGAUGCUGUCCUUGUCAACAUGUUUAGAGGCCAGGGCACUUUCCACCCUGGAUUUGAUGGCCUGGAACUCAGGGUGUGGACAAUGCAUAUUCGCCUCCUCUUUUUCUUUCAUCCCUCUGUUCGUAUUUCUUGUGGUCCGCUGUGUCGUACAGUGAUUUUUUGUGAUGAAAUAUUGUAUCUGUCUGUUCCAUAUACUGUAUCUGAGGUGAAAAUAUUUAAAUACACAUUCUGUUCUAAUCAUUGUU